CCAUGACUGUUGACGGGUAUGAAGACGCUGCACGGCGUCUCCUCUCCGAGGUGCCGCUGAUCGACGGACACAAUGACUUCCCUCUGAUGAUCCGUGGCUGGCACCAGAGCAAGCUCUACGAUGGCCUCGACGCCCACAAGAUGCCUCUCUUCCAUACCGACUGGACGCGACUGAGACGAGGGCAGGUGGGAGGGCAGUUCUGGAGUGCCUAUGUUCCUUGUCCUCCCCCAAACGCAGAGAAUAAUUUCUCCCUCUCUGUCCACCACGACGCCCUCCACCAGACUCUACAGCAGAUAGACCUGAUCCACGCCCUGGUAGAGCUGUACCCGGCUCAACUGGGGCUGGCCUGCUCGCCACGCGAGGUCUGGACUGUCUUCCGCUCUGGCAGGGUCGCCAGCAUGAUCGGGGUCGAGGGCUUGCACCAGAUCGCCAACAGCGCGAGCGUCUUGCGGAUGUUCUAUCGGCUGGGGGUGCGGUACAUCACUCUCACGCAUAACAGCAACAAUCUCUAUGCAGAUGCGGCGCUGGCGUCUGAUCAGGCACAUGGAGGUCUUUCCAUCCAAGGCCGCAAGAUGGUGCAGGAGAUGAACCGGAUUGGAAUGAUGAUCGAUCUCUCCCAUACAUCAGAGGCCGUGCAGCAGCAGGUUCUCGGCUUAUCUGUCGCACCAGUCAUCUUCUCCCAUUCAUCGUGCACCUCGCUAAGCCACCAUCUCCGCAAUGUGUCAGAUCCAGUGCUUGACAUGCUGCACCAGAACCGUGGCCUGAUCAUGAUCUCCUUCCUGCCCAAGCUGACCGACGAGCAGCCGCAACGACAGACCCUCGCCCGCGUGGCAGACCAUAUCGUCCACGUUGGCGAGCGUAUCGGCUACGAGCACGUCGGCAUCGGCUCGGACUUUGACGGCACGAUGCAUACGGCGCGCGGGACAGACGACGUUGCGUGCUAUCCGCAGUUGAUUGCAGAGCUGCUGCGCCGGGGGUUAUCGGAGGAGAGCGUGCGGCGGGUUGCCGGCCUCAAUCUGCUACGGGUGUGGGAGGAGAUCGACGCGGUGGCAGGGAAGCUUCAGACGGAGAAGCAGCCGAUGUUGCUGGAUGAGAUUGAGCCGAUGUGGGAUGAGAAGACGAGGCAGGAGGUGAUUGCCGCGAGGGCGUAGCAUAUUUUCUAAUAAAUCUAUAUCACAGGA